GCCGCGUGUUUCGUCAUCAAGACGGUAAAUCUGAAAUCCGAUUCGAAUCUGAAGACAACCGGCGAAGAAUCUCAGAGUCGUAGAUCAUUCAUUAUACACUCAAAAGAGUUUUCAUAUCAUCACGCCGAGUGGGGACGAUGUGUUGGUAACUAAGACUACUAAUUAAAUAUGUCAUCGGGAGGAGCCGAGGACAGGCAUCUGUUACGACCCACCGACGGCGACGAAGCCAACAUUCGCGGAGGAGACGGCGAUCUCGAUGUCGAAUCUCAGUCUCCGGCUAUCAGAAACUCCACCGGAGGAGUUAGAGAUCUCUUCAAACACCUGGAUCGGAGAUUCUCCCUCUCCGGUCGUCGUAUAAGCUUGAAACGGUUAGAGAACGUCAGAGUCGAUAGAGAUCACCACCAUCCUUCCUCUUCUUCUCCGCUCUCUUCUGGUGUGAUCGCCGGAGAAGAAGAUGAUGGCGGCGUCAUCGAUGAUGAUCGUGAUUACCGGAAUGACGACGAGUAUGGUUUCGAUGAAGGUAACGACGUGUUGGGAGAUAGCGCUCCACCUGAAUGGGCUCUCCUUCUUAUUGGUUGUCUUAUCGGUGUCGCCGCUGGAAUUUGCGUCGCAGGUUUCAACAAAGGGGUUCAUGUGAUUCAUGAAUGGGCAUGGGCUGGGACUCCAAACGAGGGUGCUGCUUGGCUUCGACUACAGAGACUAGCUGAUACUUGGCAUCGGAUUCUUUUGAUUCCUGUCACUGGGGGUGUUAUAGUAGGGAUGAUGCAUGGUUUGCUUGAGAUCUUGGAUCAAAUCAGGCAGUCCACUUCUUCUCAAAGACAAGGAGUUGAUUUACUCGCUGGUAUUUUUCCGGUGAUUAAAGCUAUUCAGGCUGCUGUGACUCUUGGUACUGGUUGUUCACUGGGUCCUGAGGGACCUAGCGUCGACAUUGGAAAGUCAUGUGCCAAUGGUUUUGCGCUGAUGAUGGAGAACAACAGAGAGAGGAGAAUAGCUCUCACUGCAGCUGGUGCGGCUUCUGGGAUUGCAUCUGGUUUCAAUGCAGCGGUAGCCGGUUGUUUCUUUGCUAUUGAGACUGUUCUAAGACCUCUACGUGCCGAGAACUCGCCUCCAUUUACCACUGCAAUGAUAAUUUUGGCCUCUGUUAUAUCAUCGACUGUGUCAAAUGCCUUGCUUGGGACUCAAUCAGCUUUCACAGUCCCCUCGUACGACUUGAAGUCCGCUGCAGAGCUCCCUCUGUACCUGAUACUAGGCAUGCUGUGCGGUGCUGUCAGCGUUGUUUUUUCUCGCCUGGUCACAUGGUUUACCAAGUCAUUCGAGUUCAUCAAAGAAAAAUUUGGUCUUCCUGCUAUAGUGUGCCCUGCAUUAGGGGGUUUAGGAGCUGGGAUGAUUGCUCUAAAGUACCCCGGAAUUUUGUACUGGGGGUUUACAAAUGUUGAAGAAAUCCUGCAUACUGGAAAGAGUGCUUCAGCUCCUGGAAUUUGGCUAUUAGCUCAGUUAGCCGCAGCCAAAGUUGUGGCCACAGCUUUGUGCAAAGGCUCUGGGCUUGUAGGUGGUCUAUAUGCACCAAGUUUGAUGAUUGGUGCUGCUGUUGGUGCUGUGUUUGGAGGCUCGGCUGCUGAGAUUAUUAACAGAGCUAUUCCUGGUAAUGCUGCUGUGGCCCAACCGCAAGCUUACGCUCUGGUUGGUAUGGCAGCGACACUAGCUUCCAUGUGCUCAGUCCCCUUAACAUCAGUAUUACUGCUGUUCGAGCUAACAAAAGAUUAUAGAAUUUUGCUUCCCCUCAUGGGGGCGGUUGGGUUAGCAAUAUGGGUUCCCUCUGUAGCAAACCAAGGCAAAGAGAGUGAUUCAUCCGAGGGUCGCAGCACAGGAAGAGGAUACUCUUCUCUUUCACCUUCCGAUCGUAAAACUACUGAAGGAGCUUGGAGACACACGGAUAAUACUAACUCCCUUGAGCUUUCCGUCAUAGAAAACCCUGACCACAAAGCUUUCUUGGAUGAAGAAACUAUUCUGGAAGAGUUAAAGGUAUUUCGUGUUAUGUCAAAGAACUACGUGAAGGUUUCUCUGGGAACAAGUCUAAGAGAAGCAAGAAAGAUCCUCAAAGACAGCCACCAGAACUGCCUUAUGGUGGUCGAUGAGGAUGAGUUUCUAGCCGGAAUCCUAACACAGGGAGACAUCAGACGUUACUUGUCUAGUAAGGUCUCUACAAUAUUAGAUGAGAACACAUGUCCUGUCUCUUCUGUAUGUACUAAGAAAAUAACCUACCGAGGCCAAGAACGUGGUUUGCUAACUUGUUAUCCCGACGCGACGGUUGGAGUGGCUAAAGAGUUGAUGGAGGCAAGAGGUGUGAAGCAAUUACCUAUCGUUAAACGAGGUGAAGUAAGUCACAAAGGGAAGAAAAAGAAAGUGCUUGGCCUUCUUCAUUAUGACUCCAUCUGGUCUUUUCUCAGAGAUGAAAUGAGUCGUAGGAGAUCUAUGAUCAACGAGCGGAGAAAAGACAAGUACGAGGAGUUUGGUGCGGCAAAUGGCCAUUGAUUUUGGAGGUUUAUGACCAUUUGGUAAAGCUUUUUCCUCUUCUUUUCAAUUUUGAUGUCCAAAUGAUUAGAAUGGAGGAAAGCAUACUCGUGUAAUAAGACCUCUUUAUUUAGUUUGUAUCGUUCUCGCCAAAGUAACACUCUUUAUCAUAUAGUAAUCAAAGAGAAAUCGAGUGUAACAUAUAUACGACAUGUGUUGGGUGAUCUCUACUUUACCAAUUUGCAUCAUUAGGUUUUAGCAAACCUUGUGAUAUUCAGAAUCGGC